UGCGGAAAUGUGACAAAAAGUGGCACGUCGCGUUUGUUGUCAUACAGCAUGAUUUCACCACCUCUAAUAAGUCAUGGCAGGGAAGACUAAUUUUCUUAGCGAGUCAGUCGUUAUUCGAAGUCUCAGACGCUUUCGCGACUUAUAUUUUUCUUCCGGUGUGAAAGCAGAUCUUUUGGACAACAGAGAGGAAGGGCCGGACUUUCUGGACUAUUUAUCGGUGGACGUGCAGUUCCACGUCAUGACCUUCUUAUCUCCUGUGGACCUAUGUCGCCUGGGAGCAACCAGCCACUACUGGAGGGCCGUGGUUCGAGAUCCACUGCUGUGGAGGUAUUUUCUCUUCAGAGACAUGCCCAACUGGCACUCAAUCGAUCACUUAACCAUGCCCAGACUUGAGACGCUAGACGCCCCACGCCUCUGUGAUGAUGCAGAAGAGGCCUUGGCAUCAAAUAUUGACUUCAUGGCAGAAUAUCUGAAAGGAUGCCCCUCAUGCAGACAGAAAUGGCUUCCUUCGCGUCCAACUUUCGAAGUAUUGACAUCCUUACUGCAGUCUCUGGUGCCUUCUGCAGAACCUCGCUACGCCAUGUUUGGUCCUGGAAUGGAGCAACUGGAUGUCUCUUUGGUCACAAGGCUCAUGCACACUCCUCAUGUCCUACCUGUGUCUGGUAUCGCGAACAGACAGAUCAAUGGGAUCGGAUCAGGGAUCAAUUAUCUGUUCAACAACCAGCACAAGUUCAACAUCCUUACGCUUUACUCCUCAAACAAAGCCGAGAGGGAGCGAGCCAGAGUGCAGAAGCAGUAUAUGAGCAGCAAACUCUUCACCUUAGUCGGACACGAUGAGUCUGGUCAGCCAGUCUACAGGCCGGCCGCUCAGGUGCAGCAGGUGUGCCAGGUAGUAGAUGGGGUCAUUUAUGUGACCAAUGCUGAGCCAGGAAGAGGUGAAGGAGAAUCUGAAGUGGCUCAGAUCCGGGCCGUGCUGAGCUCGACAUCCAAACCCCUGCUGGUGCUCUCGUGUAUCUCCAGAGAGGAAAGUGAAACAGCCGGCAUGCAAAGUGGUGUUAAGAGGAACAGGACCUCAUGCGUUGAUAUGGCAAAAAGACUUGGACUUCCCCAGCUGCCUAAUCCCUGGAUGGUGCAGGAUGCAGUUGCUGAAUCUUUAUUGGGUCUUCUGGACGGCAUUUCUUGGCUGCUGAGAUGCUCUGGAGUCAAAGUUUAUGGUAGCUAGUUUUAAAGUACUGGAAUUAAGACUUUAAGCAUUUCUCAACAGGAAUUCUUAUUGAGAAAAUGAGAAAAUUGUGUAUAGUUCUAGUUUAAUUUUGGAGUUUAUUGCAGUGACUAUAGCCAAGUAAGGACUUUAGGACCUGAAGGGUUACGCAUUUGGUAGUAUGGUGACAUAUUAUCCAUGUUAUAUGGCAUUGCUAUCAAUGCCCAGACUGGUAAAGGCUAUUAUAGAAUAUUAGAAGUGUAGAUAUUAAGUUAAAUUUAAAAGCAGAAAGGUUUAGUAUUUUCAGUGCAGUGCAUACAUAUGCUGCAUGAUGUUGUGUACCGAGUUUUGGUUAUCCGGAACACACCACUAAAAAUAUUGAUUUCUUUUAGUGUAAAAAAAAGGCUGUAAAAAAUAGCCUGUUAACAACAGUAACUAAUUUAUUUAAUUAAUUACGUUAAUAUUUUUCAUGCAAUUAACACACAUACACCUUGUCUAGCCACUCCUACCUGUUAUGAUGACAUCCACGAGCACAAUAGUGUCCCCAAAGAGUCUGACGCUCAUAACUUUAUUCUGACAUGAACACAUCAACAACAUUUGCUGAGUGUGUUUUGAAUUCUCAUCCCUGCAAUAUUAGAAGACUUGGUGAUCCUGUAUAUUUUACAAAGUGAAACACGAAUCAUUCCAGGUCAGAAAUCAGUGUUUUGUCAUUAUUCUUUUUCACUGAACCAGAAUACAUGCACCAUAUCAUGCAGGCUUGUACUGUGCUGUGAUUAUGUGCUUAUGCUACAUAGGCGAGCCCUCCUUCCAUCCACAGUUCACAAUCAUUUUACCACCGCGGCGGUCCUGACAAGAUAAUGUGCUUCAUUGAUGCGCUUUUGUUCUCGUUACCUGGGUAACCGCAAAUAAUCUAAAGUACCAUCCUGUUUAUCAAAAUGUUCCCCAGCCUAGGUUUGGGAACAUAUAGCGCUGAUUGAUGUAAUUUAGGUGCAUUAAGGCUGGCUGGGUUCAGUUUUGUUUUUAGAUGAAUUUUAAAGGGAUAUGAUGGAGACUUUGACCAGUGCGUGUAG